AUGGGGCGUCUUGCAGACAGGCUGGUGUCCCAGGCCCUGCUGAGCCAAGAGCUGAGCCCAGAGAAGAGCCCCCUGAGCCAGCUGGUCCUGAGGCUCACUGACCUGAGCCACACCGACACCAGCCAGCCUCAGGGUAUCCCGAGCCGACAGCACCCGGGUGCUUCCAUUGGGAAGAUGAUUCCCCCUUUAGAGCUGGCUGAUCCCAAUCUCAUCCUGUCUGAGGAUGGGAAACAAGUGAGACAUAGAUACACACUACAGGAUCUCCCUGACAAUCCAGAGAGAUUUGAUCGUUGUGUCAAUGUCCUGGGAAAGGAUGGGAUCACCUCAGGGAGACACUACUGGGAGGUGGAGGUGGGGGAGAAGACUGACUGGACAUUGGGAGCCGCCAGAGAGUCCAGCAACAGGAAGGGGGUCAUCACACUGAGCCCCCAGUAUGGUUACUGGGUUGUGUGGCUGAGCAAUGGGAAUGAGUACUGGGCUCUUGAUGACUCCUCAGUCCUCCUCCCCCUGAGCCAGAAGCCCCAGAAGGUGGGGGUGUAUGUGGACUGUGAGGGGGGACAGGUCUCCUUUAACAAUGUGGACAACAGGUCUCAUAUCUACACCUUCACUGCCUCCUUCACUGAGAAACUCUUUCCGUACUUCAGCCCUUGUACCAAUGAGGGAGGUACAAACUCAGCCCCACUGAUCAUCUGUCCUGUCAGUCACACAGGCUGAAUCAGCACAUUGUCUGAUUGUCUCUCUGGAAUGCAAA